CGGGCACGCGGCGUCGGCGCGAACCCGAAUAUGGCAGUAACCCAAUGAAAUUCAUUCUUCGCGGAUCCCGAUGUCAUGGGCACGGCGUUUGCUGCCGUCGAGGACGGGCCCCAUAUAUGUAGCUCCUGGAGCGUCGGUGGGGCAACCUCCCUCCCUCCCUUCGUUCCUUCCCCCCUCUCUUUGGCGUGGAGGCGAGCUCUCCUCGGUCCGGCCGUUCCCUGUCGUUGUCGUCGUGUGCCCUUGUCGCGUCUGGAAUGUCUGGUGGAGACGAUUUGAUACCUUCCUUCAAUAUCUCGCUGUCGCAAGCCCGACAUCAGCCGCUCCCUCUCUCUUCCGUCCAGAAGUCGACCAUCAAAGAACGCAAACAGUUGUAUGCAUACACAAUUUCUCCUUUGGCACUCCAUUAUACGAUAUUUGAGGCAGACGAGCAUGAAGCCGAAGACUCUUCCCUGAGAUCCAUACCGCCCACGCAGGAGCGAUGUGGCAGCGAAAAUACUGCGGAGAGCUCGCCCUCUGAGAAUGGAAGUCAGGAAACACCCCGAUCCAAGGUUUCCGCUAAAAAAGUCCUCCGUAACAUCACGGCUAGAUGCCGCAAUGGUAUCCGCUGGCCCCCGAGUCGAAGAAACCCAGGUUCCGCUACGCAUGCUGCGAAUUGACUUCAACACUACACUCCCUACAGUAAUUAAUCCCAUUUUUAAUAUUUGACGCUGCUUUAUUGUACCACAUAAGUAUAAUACACUUUCCGCAAAAU